CGCCCCAAGAUCACACAGCAGAGGGCAGAAGCAGAGCUGGGAGAGAAAGAGAAAUGGGCACCGCUAAGUGGGCUGUUUAAAACUUGGGUUCCGUUCCUCCUUAAACCAAACAUGUCUCACCAGACAAAGCAGCCCACCCCCCAACCCCCAGUGGGCUCCGGGAAAACCUCCGGCGGCGGCGGCAGCUCCGGCGGCGGCGGCAGCUCCGGCGGCGGCGGCUCCGGUGGUUCCGAUGGCGGCUCCGGUGGAAAAGUCAAGCACUCCGGGAGCGGUGGCAGCUCCGGCGGCGGCGGCUCCGGUGUUUCCGAUGGCGGCUCCGGUGGAAAAGUCAAGCACUCCGGGAGCGGUGGCAGCUCCGGCGGCGGCUCCAGCGGCGGCGGGGGCUCCUCCGGGAGCGACGGCUCUGGAGGCUGCGGAGGAGGUUCCAGUGGGAAGAACUCCAGUGGCGGCGGCUCCUCGGGGGGCGGCUCCGGGGAUGGCCAGGGCUUCCCGGUCUGCCAUCAGACCCAGCAGAAGCAGACGCCUACCUGGCCAAGCAAAUAAGACCCCCUGGACGCCACGGAGACGAGGGAGCUGGAGGUGUUCUCCGUGGGCGCCGAUGGGCUUAGCGCUCUCAUGAUAUUGCACUGAGGUUUCUCAAUCCUUCACGUCUUCAUCUACCCAGAAGAAGCCAUUGAGCUCUGGGGCUGCAUCUUGUUCUGCAGUUUUCCCUCCUUGGUUUCUGUGCAACUACCCCCCAACCCCAGUGCCUCCUCAGUCAAUA